GUUUCCCAACCUAAUGUGAUCUCCCAGCUGGAACAAGGGGAAGAGUCAUGGGUCCCAGACCUCCAGGGUUCAGAGGAUAGAGAGAUCCUGAGAGUUCCCUGCACAGGUGAUGCAAUGGUACGUGAGAAAGAGGAGCAGAAUUCUCAGCAGGAAAAUGUUGAGCAGGUGGAUAAACACAGAGAAUUAUCGCAAAGAUAAAAAAAAUGUGUUGAAGAGUCAUGAGCAGGGAAAAUCGUGUGAGACUCAGCACACACCAGAAAGAGAGCAGGGAAACCAGCCAGAAGAGAAAAUGGGUAAAUUUAUUUCCUGUUGGGGAACUCAGAAGAGCGUCAAGGAAACCACAACACAGCAGGAAAUCCUCAUGGGAAAGAGGGAAAACACAUGCAGUGAGUGCGGGAAAAACUUCACUCGAAGAUCAGCCCUUUCUGUUCAUCAGAGAAUCCACACAGGCGAGAGGCCCUAUGAAUGCAGUGAGUGUGGGAAAUGCUUCACUAGCAGUUCAAACCUUUCUAAACAUCAGAGAAUCCACACAGAGGAGAGGCCAUUUGAAUGCCUUGAGUGUGGAAAAUGCUUCACUAAGAGCUCGGCCGUUUCUGAACAUCAGAGAAUCCACACAAGGGAGAGGCCCUUUGAAUGCAGCGAGUGUGGGAAAACCUUCAGUUGCAGCUCACAUCUUAUUAGGCAUCAGACAGUCCACACAGGGGAGAAGCCCUAUGAAUGCAGUGAGUGCAGGAAAACCUUCAAUCGCAGCUCACAUCUUAUUAGACAUCAGACAGUCCACACGAAGGAGAGCCCCUAUGAAUGCAGUGAGUGUGGGAAAACCUUCAAUCGCAGCUCGCACCUUAUUAGGCAUCAGACAGUCCACACAGGGGAGAGGCCCUAUGCGUGCUGUGAGUGUGGGAAAACCUUCAGUUGCAGCUCACACCUUAUCAGGCAUCAGAAAAUCCACAUAAGGGAGAGAACCUAUGAAAGCAGUGAGUGUGGGAAAACCUUAGGGCCCAAAGAAGUUUUGUGAAACCCCACUUCCUAGUUCAGUGUGUCUCAUUACCGUUCCAGUGGAUGCCAGAGUUAGAUUGAGAACAAUCAUCCUUCACCGUUUGGAUCCAAAGAGAGGGCACUUCAUAGGACAUUCCUUCCCCGUGGAUCCCAAACUGGCUGCCUGAGUGGGUAACAAGGACUUCCAGGCUGUAGAAAUGAUAGUAACCAAUGAGACAACAAAUGUGUCAGGCUCCAAUUUCAGACUUCUGGAUACUCACAUGUUGAGUCCUGAUUCUAAAGUUUCGUGUCUGAUGCACUGGCUACACAAUUAAGCUGAUGUUGGUGCAGCUGUAGCACUGCUAUUACAGGUGCUCUCCACCAAUGGGAGAAAUCUCUCCCCAAGAACUUUAUUAGUCCAGCUCGCACAAGCGGCGGUGGCUAUGUUGCCAGACAAAGCUCUCCUGCUGAUGUAAUGUUAUCUCACAGGGGAGGAGGUUUGUGUAACUACAUUUCUCACCGGUGUGUAUUUUUCACACCUCUGAGCAAUAUAGUUAUACUGAUAAAUGUCUUUAGUGUAAACUAGACCUUAGUUUUCUCUUGUUUUAUGUAUUUACAUCACUUCUCCUCUACCUCCUCCUACUUUGAAAGAUUUAAAAGUGUGACAAGAGAGGUAUUUUUCCUCAUGAUGCAAACAUUCCACCAACACACAUGGCAAAAGAGCCAGAGAGAUAUGAACUCACAGAAGUGGUUGGGACCCAAGUUGAGACAAACCACAACUUGAGCUAAGGUUCAGUUGUUGGCAAUGGGGAUCACAAUAAAACUACUGUACGAGAAGAAUUUGUGAUCUUUGAAUAUGUUAUUGGUACCAAUGAAAAUGAAAUUAUAGGUGAAGUUAUUGGUUAAAGAGUAAGAGACUAAUUGUUUGAUAAUCUGAAUUAUUUUGGAAAACGGAAAGUUGUCUUGUUUUUUGUUUUGUUAGUCAUACAGGAAAUCAUGGCUAAUCUUAAAAAGUUAAUUUGAUUUAAUUUACCCUGUGUAGUGUAAGGAGUUCUGGUAGAAAACUUCCCUUCAAAGGCUGGGAUGGGAGAAUGUGUGUGAGAAAGAGUGUAUAAGAGAAUAUUGGCCCAGUAUAGAUUUAAUUUUUUUGUAUUUCA